CAGCCGGCAGUCAUGGAAGACCAGGUCUUUACCAAUGUUAAUCAAAAUGUUAAUGACACCAUUGAAAAUGAGAUUACAGACUCUUAUGAAGACAAAGGGGAUAACUUUUCUGAUCCUGUCCAUGAAGAUCCAGCAUCUUCUUCCAUCACUACUGUCCCAGAGAGUCCUUUUUCCAUCACUAGUAUCCCAGAGGGCAUGGAUAGUAGUCAAGAGAGCUCAAAAUACAUCUGUGAGAAUUCUGUGGCCUCUCAGCAUGGGGCUGAUGGAGAGGAUGGUUCUUCUUUAUUUCACCAUGGUGCUGAAGAAGACCACCAGUUCCAGGACAUGGAUCUGAUAAGCCCAACUUUGGAAGAUAAACACGUAGAGGGCAUGAUGUUCGAGAACAACGUGUAUUUUCCUCCAGAUGUCCAGUUGCGUCGGAGCCAGAGUGUUUCCUCCAACUCUUCGACUUCCCUCAUGUUCCCCCCUAACAAUAACUUCGGAGAAACCGACAACUUCCAGAAAGAUUGUCAGAUUUUCUUGUAUGUAAAGGCUGGUAUAGAUGGAGAAAGCAUUGGGAACUGCCCAUUCUCCCAGCGUCUCUUCAUGAUCCUGUGGCUCAAAGGAGUUGUGUUCAAUGUCACCACUGUUGACCUGAAAAGAAAGCCAGCUGACCUACACAAUCUGGCUCCUGGGACCCACCCACCUUUCUUGACUUUUAAUGGAGAAGUCAAGACAGAUGUUAACAAGAUUGAGGAAUUUUUGGAAGAGACUCUUGCACCUCCAAAGUACCCCAAGCUGGCUGCUAAGCACCGGGAAUCAAACACUGCUGGAAUUGAUAUCUUUUCCAAAUUUUCUGCAUACAUCAAAAAUACCAAGCAGCAGGAUAAUGCUGCCCUUGAAAAAGGCUUGGUGAAGGCUCUGAAGAAGCUGGAUGACUACCUGAGGACCCCUCUGCCAGAGGAGAUUGAUGCAGACAGCAUUGAAGAGGAGAAAGUAUCUAAACGCAAGUUUCUGGAUGGAGAUGACCUGACUCUUGCUGACUGCAACCUUCUGCCCAAACUCCAUGUUGUCAAGAUCGUUGCAAAGAAAUACCGCAACUUCGAGUUCCCGACAGAGAUGACGGGGCUGUGGCGGUACCUGAAGAACGCCUACGCCAGGGAUGAGUUCACCAACACCUGUGCAGCAGACAAAGAGAUCGAGGAAGCCUACGCAGACGUGGCCAAGCGGCUCAGCAAGUCCUAACUGACCUCAGCGGUGGCUCAGUAUCCCCUUUUUACAGACUCUUCUCCUUGUUGCCUUAAGACAUACUUUAUCAUUACGCUAUCUGGUUGGCAUCCCUAGGACUUCAGCUGUUCACGUGUAUCUUUCAGGGACAAAUCUGCUUCUCCCUGGAGAAAAGAGGAGGCAGCUCUAGUGCAGGGGGUGGAGACCCUUUGAAACCCCAACGUAAGAUCUGGCUCAACUAGUAUUAUUCACAAUCAGUAUUGGAAAUGAGUCCACUUAAUUAAUUCCUUGUUUCAUGUUGGUGGUAUAGCAUCACCUGUAUUCUUUGGAGCUUUAAAAAUAGAAACUUAGCUGAAAUUUCAAGUAAGAGAGUUAGGAACACACAGAACUUAUUCUUCUCUAGGUUAUUUCAAGGAUGCUUUUCCCUCCAGUACUGUUGAGGUCCUUGAGGCAGGGCAAAAUAUGAGAGAGAGAGGAGAAAAAAAGGAGUUUGACCCUAAAGGAGAAAUGGUUUUAGCAGUUAUAUUUAAAAAACUCUCUGAAUGCUUAUUCUGUCUUAGCAGGCCCAGGAGUCUAUGAGGUAUUUAUUUUUAACUUGGCGCAAGAGGGGGAAGCCUGAGUGAAUAUGUCAGACUUGCAGAUGCUACUUUGCAUAAAAUUUGCAUGAUGCUGUUGGAUCCGAAUGUUUGAAGCACAAGAGAGUGAAUGAACAAUUGAGCAGACAGCCCUUGGAAGAGCGGGGCUGGUGCCAAAAUGCCCAGUGGAUCUGUGGGUUGGUAGAGACACACAGACACAGCAGUAACGGGGGCAGCAUAUUGAUUCUGGUGACCAGAGGUGGAACUGGCACAGCAAACCCAACCACUUAGGAUAUUGUCUUCUUGACUCUAUGGUUGCCAGUUCCUUUAUGUUUGCUGUCUUGGGAAACUUGGAUAGGCAGGAGAAAGCUGUCACUGCACACGAAUUCCAGGCAGGGGAUGCGCUUUCUUCGUGUUGGGCUCCAGGUGGGUCACUUCCAAGCACUCAUCAUCUCACCCCAGGAGAAGUUUGCUCUGAGACCCUGAAAGAGGGCAGGCUAAAACUGAGGCACAUUUCCAGCCAGAAAUUCAGGGAGUAUUCUAUCAGAAAUCCAUGCAUGACGCCUUAGUCCCGCUCAUCCAGGGUUUACUCUUCCAGGUUACACAGUUCUGAAUUAAGAUUGUUUUCUAAAACCGAUUAUUUUGUUCUAUCUGCAGCAUCUGCCUGCCACAAUCUGCUUUAUGCUAGUGAUCAUUUGCACGUUACUUUGGCAAAUUCAGAAUGACAGCUCCUUUGCAUGAAAAUCACGUGCCCCAAUAUGUACAACAGUGCACAUGGCUCUCCAUCUCCAGUUUGGGGAGGGAUUUAUCCUUGUUUUCAAAGAUAAAAUAAAGCUGAGCUGUAACCCGAUGUGGCUCCCCUUCUGAUCAGAGCUGCUUGAGCUGCACUGGUUUGAGGGGAACCCCAAUCUGGCGAGCUGUGACAGAGGGGCACCUCGCAGCAGGCUCCUUUGCAGCCAGAGAGCUGGAGGACAGGAGACCACAUGGAGAGCCAUCCUCUGCCGUGUGACACCGAUGACAAUCUGAAGCUAUCUUGUUGCUUUGGUGGGAUUAUUCCGUUUUUCACACUAACCCAGCUGGGAGCAGAAUGUCGCUCGUUGACUGUGAAGAUAGUUUGUGGUUGACUAUUGUUUUGCAUGCAAUGGUCAAUUUGUCCUGAACUUUCCAAAACCUUGGAAGAAAAUCCAUGAACUCCCAAGUCUUCCCCUGGAACAGGCUGUUUUAACAACGGCUAGACUGGAGGGCAAAGGCUUGCACUCUUUAAAAUAUUGCUGAGAAAUCAGCUGGCUCAGAGAACACUAAUAGCAGCCAGAAAAACCUAAUGAGAUUAGAAGUGUCUGCGCAAGCACAUGUGGCUUGUUAAAAACAUUUCUUCAUGAGAUCGGAAUUAUUUGUGAUUUUUUUUUUUUUUUUAAAUUAAGAU